AUGUCUGUAGAUGUUAGAUUACCCAAGAAAAGAAAGAAAAUCGAAUCUUUAGUUGGAUUAGAGCCGAAACACAUUGUUUCUCCAGGAGAUGUUAUAACAGAGGAUACUGGAUAUAUGAGGUUGGGGAAACAUAACCCGUCUGUCCAAAACCAUUCACAAUGUUUUCACAGUUAUACAUUUACAGUGUAUAUCGUGGUAGGAAAUCGAAGCUACACUGUAAGGAAAAGAGACUAAUCUAUUUUUAUUAUAUCUCACUGAUCUAGGGGUCAUGGCACCUAUGUUGAUGGAGAUAAAUUGAUAGCCUCAGUUGCUGGAGUUGUUGAGAGAGUGAACAAGCUUAUCUGCGUACGACCAUUUAAAACAAGGUACAUAUAGGUGUCUCAAAGUAAUGCUCUCAUAAAAUUUCUAAGGAACGCAACAGCUCUACCUCUUUCAAUAGACCCUUUCCUAAAACAACAACAAAGAGCAAUUUGUUUUAUCAUUGAGAUGUUGCAUUCAAGUUACACCUCCAGUUGAGGGGGCCUAAAGAAAAAAAACCUUAGUGACUUUAAUCAAUCUGACGACCCAUUUCUGUUUUUGGAAACACACCUUUAGUCUAUACAAGCCCACGAUAUCAUGUCUAUUAAAAAUUUUUGAAGUUGUAUAAUGUACCAGCAAAAUUCAGUGACUGUUGAAGUGAUGUCAUACAUGUAGUUUGGAUAAUUUUGUGCCCUGGAAUUUCCUAUCGUCUCAAGGUUAGCACAAUAUUGAAAUUUUCCAUGCAUCACAACUGCACGAAAUGCCCUAAAUAAGGUAUUUUUCCCCUGACAGGUACAAUGGAGAAGUAGGCGAUGUCGUCGUUGGUAGAAUUACAGAG